AUGCCGACGUUUACAUCCGUAGCUUUCGAUAGAUUGCUUGAACCUGGAGCUUCAAAUUACAUGACACCAUCGGCGACAAAUCCACCCAUCUCAAAGAUCGAGAGGAGGCAUAGCACUCCAAACCCUAGCCAGCUCAGGGAAAUUGAGGCCCCUAGUCGGAAUCCGGGGAGAGGGAUUCCUAUUCCUUAUAAUUCAAAGUAUGAUAAGAGGAUAAACGGUUCUUCAAGCACAUCUGUAUCUGUCGGUAACAAACACCACCGGACUCAAAUCUCCCCGGCACUCUACGCAACACCUGAGCCGACCCCACUUCCUGAUUCCCCGUCUUCAUUCCCCCCGUCACCCUACAUUGUCAACCACAUGCGGCGGGGCCCACGUCUCAUGAAGAGCUUUUCUGAGUAUGAUGUGGAAACUUGGGAACGGGAGGCUGGCGAGGGCAAGGUGGGUGGAAACGAGAAUACUGAUGAAAAAGAGCUGACAGCAAGAGCCACUGAGGAUGAUGGGUUUGUUUCUAAGAAGGUUCCCGAUGUUUUUCGUGUGGAUGAUGCCACUGUAUCAUCAAUUGCUAGAGAAAAUCAUUUGAACGGCACAGGCAUUGAUGAGAAAGGAAAUUUAGAUGCGGAGAAUGGUCCUGAAGGCCCAAAAGGCAUGAUGAAGUCUGAUGCUGGAUUUGAUUUGCAACAAGAUGGGGAGGAUGAUGAUUUUGCUGAUCCACAUGACUCAAUGAGUGUUAGGAGCAUCAGUGAAAGUGAGUGUAUUGGUGGAGCCGAUCGGUCCCUGAAUUUGAGCACUCCAUUAGCUGAGUUCUAUGAUGCUUGGGAAGAAUUAUCAUCAGAGAGCGGCCCUCAGCUUAAGAUGCCCGAUAUCGAGAAGGGAGAACAUCCUGCCGAUCCUGCUGAGGAGGUCUGGCAACAAGUCUGUAUUGCCCGGUUUGUUGCUAACUCAAUUGGGAAGGGAAUCGCAAAGGCUGAGGCUGAAAUGGAGAUGGAAGCUCAGAUAAAGUUGAAGAACUUUAAAAUAGCUCGUUUGUGGGAUAGGCUUCGUUAUUAUGAAGUCGUGAACCAAGAGAUGUCCUAG